AUGGCAUCAUCAUCGCGUGCUCAUAGAUUAGGGAACACUCAACGUCAUUGCACCGAUACAUUGUGUCUACUAUUAUUUGUAGUAUUUUUAUUAAUCUAUGGUAGUAUGUGUUUUUUGGCGGUAACAUUAGGUCAUACAUCCAUAUUGACGCAGCCAACAGAUUCUGAAGGGAACAUUUGUGGACAGGGCAGCUAUCAAGAUCGUCCAAAUCAAUUUUAUUUUGAUAUAAGCAAAUGUUUGGCAGUAACAGGACCAUCAUCAUUAGUUCGUUGUCCAACGCGAAAAGUUUGUGUUAAAACGUGUCCGACACAAUAUAAUCAUUACGAGUUAUUACAAACAGAAGAAGAUAUUGGUAUUUCCAAAGCAACGACUCGUUCAAAAUUAGUCUGUGUCUACGAUUACGAUCCAUUGCGUGACGAUAGGACAAUUGUGCAAAUUGUUCAACUAAAUCUCUGUGCUCCAUUUACACUAGAAAGUGAACCGUUACUUAAUCGCUGUCUACCAUCAAUUUUAGUCAAUCUUUUGCCAGAUAUGACGAGUGAUCAGCUCAAUAUUAGUUCUGCUCUUUCAUUGUUAGAAAAUGGUGUAGCAUCCACGGAUAUUCACACAAACUUGAGCCAAAGUUCAACAAACGAAAUGAAUACUCAUGUAUUUCAAAUAAGUCAAUUUACACAAAUAUUUGGUAUAAUUAUCAAAGAUAUUCAAAAAACUUGGUCAACUGUUUGUUUAUUUUUAUUUGUUGGUGUAUGUUUGAUGUUGAUGUAUAUCCUUGCAUUACGAUGUAUAGCUGGUUUAAUAACAGUCAUCAGUAUCAUGGCGUUCAUGAUAAUAUUAUUCGUAAUUAGUACUUACUGUUGGUAUACCGUCUACAGUGGAAAUGAUAUUCUGUAUGCGACUUAUACUGUUACACAUAUAAUUAAUGAUUACAUACGUUUGAGAACAAUCUACAUUGGUAUUGGUUCGAUAACAACAUUUUUAUUCAGUCUAGGAUUGCUAAUGAUAUGUUUUCUAUUCAAUCGUUUACGUCUGGGUAUAUCAAUGCUUGAACAGGCUAGUCAAGCCGUUUUUUGUGCUUUAUCAGCAUUUUUAUUGUCACCCGUUAUUAUCAUCGCCAUGGUAUUAUUAACAUUAACUGUUGUUUUCAUCAGCAUGAAUUUAUCAACAAUUGGUACUCCAAUAUUUCGUGUUGUCGAUGCGAUACCAGGCUGUUGUGAUAAUUAUACAAAUGGUAACUAUUGUAUACCGGAACAAUUUAAAAAAUAUAAUUAUUCAGAAGGACGAUGUGAAUUUCAAGAUUUUGGUUUCGAUGAGAAUUAUUUUGAAUAUCAAUAUAAUUCAUUCAUAUAUAAAUUGAUGGUCUUUACUCUUUUUAAAUAUCAGAAAUAUUUACAAUGGUUUAAUAUAUUCGCUUACUUUUGGAUUGGUGCAUUUCUUUAUGCAUUUGAAGAAAUUGUUUUAGCUGGCGUAUUUUCAGAUUACUAUUGGUCAAAUGACAAAACAAGAAAGAUGUCACCAUUACCAUUACUAAACUCAAUAUUCAUCGUUAUUCGUUAUCAUAUAGGAAGUAUUGCCUUUGGAUCAUUAUUAAUAGCAUCGUUAAGGUUUAUUAGAUUACUAUUAAAUUAUUUAAAUGAAAAAUUAUCAAAAGUCGAUGAUAAUAUUAUAUUUCGAUUCAUAUUCAAAUGUUUAUCGUGUAUAUUUUGGUGUUUUGAAAAAUUUAUUAAAUUUUUAAAUAAAAAUGCCUAUGUUUUAAUUGCAGCACGUGGCUAUGGAUUUUGUAAAGCAACGCGAAAAGUAUUUGGUUAUAUGUUAUCAAAUUGUCUUCGAUUUUUUGUUAUUACUCAAUUAACAGAGUUAAUAUUAAUUUGUGGUACAAUUACCAUUUGUUCGUUAAAUGCAUUUUUAUUUUAUCGAUAUUUAAUUUAUACUAAUCAAUUAAAUCAACUCAUAAUACCCUGGGCACCAAUGGUAGUUCUAAUUGCGUUAAAUUAUUUAAUAAUAUCGAUAUGUUUCAGUACAUUCGACAUGGCUGUUAAAACGAUAUUCAUUUGCUUCUUAGAAGAUUUAGAUAUUAAUGAUGGUACUGUAGAGAGACCGUAUGUUAUGAACAAUGAUUUGCUCAAUCUAAUUGGAAAAGCGAACGCUUUAAACAAUAAAAACAUCAAACAAAAGAAAGUUAAACUUCAAAAACAUGAUAUAUCGAAAAAAUGA